GAUUUUUAACUUGCAUGACAGUUUGUUUUACGUCAACUAAUCAAAGUUUUUUUAUUUAGCCUAUAUAUGACUACACCAAUAUUGCCUGGUUAUCUUUGUCCGGAAUGUAUUGUACGGUUUCCGUAUGCCGAAAAGUUAGAAGAACAUUGGAAAAUCUUUCAUAACCUUUCUGUUAAUGAUAAACCAAGAAGCUAUCCAUCUCUUCGCUACGCUGCUAAACACAACGGAAAAAAUGCAUCCUCAAAUAAGUCGUCGCAGAUGCUUCACAAUUUUAAAACAAGACCAGUUAACAAGUAUGCUCCCCAGGUGUGCCAUCUUUGUCGUAAAAUGGUUUGGAACUGCACCAAAGUUUGCUCAGGAUGUAAUUUUACAUGUCAUGUUGAAUGUCAGCCAAUGGUUCUCAAACAUUGCUUGACACUAGAAAUGAACACAGCAAAAAAUCAAACUCAGGUAUGCAAGCCUCAUAUAUUUUUGAAUUCUUCAUCUGAAGCAUCAUCGAGCAAAGAAAUAGCAUGCAAUGAUUGCGAACUAGAUUUAACUUACAUAACAGAUCAACUUAUAGCUCUGACGUUUCCAUCAAACAGCUUUGAGAAAUUGUACAAAUCUGGCCUAAUAGAUGUUCUGGCCUUGUUACGUAAAAAACAUUGUGAGCAAUACAAAAUCAUUAACGUCUCAGAAAGACGUUACGAUCUUCUUCAAUUGCAUUCUGAAAAACAGGUUUUAGAUUGUGGUUGGCCAGAUCAUUUAGCUCCCCCGCUCGAUAAACUGACGAAAAUUAUUCAACAUAUACAUGGAUGGAUGCAAUUAAACAAAAAAAAUGUGGCAAUUAUUCAUUGCAAGGGAGGCAAAAGUCGCAUUGGAUUAAUUGUAGCUGCUUACAUACAGUUUAGCAAAAACGUUCCGAGUGCACAAAUUGCUUUUGAAUGGUUUGCUUUGGGAAGAUUUUACGAUGCAAAACUCGAUGGAACAUUACAGCCGUCUCAAAAACGAUAUGUUAAGUACUUCGGCAUGUUAUUUGAAAAAAAGCUGAAGAUUAAGAACAGGAUACUACAUUUAAAUGCAAUCAUCAUUCACGGCACACCAUGUUUUAAUGAAGGCUUAACGUUUCAGUUCUGCUUAAAAAUUUAUCAAGGCUACCAACUUAUACACACUACCUCCACACACAAUAUUUCAUCUGACUCAAAGCAUGUGUGCUUUUUAACCCAAAAUACAAAAGUACAAGGUGACGUCAUGAUAAAAUGCAUUCAAAAAGAUGCUUCGAUAAAUACUUUAAUUUUUCGAGUACAAUUUCACACUGAUGCCGUUGAUAAUUGUGUCAGUUUAUUUGGAAAAUAUGAUUUAGACGAAGCGUUCUGUGAUGCCAAAUUUCCAGAUUCUUGUUGUGUUGAACUUGUUUUUUCUCCGUCAGAAAAAGAUGAAGGCGACCACAACAAAGAAAGAAGUAGUCGGUUUUGCGUCCAGAGACAAAUAAACAAACCCUCAAAUGAUCAAAAUAGUUUAAAAUUGAUUAAUUAUUCACUGCCUGUUCGAAGUGGUAUGGACAAUGAAGAAACAUCAUUAGGAAUUAUAAAUGAACUAGAUUUAUUGUUACGAGAACUAGCUUCUUCCAAAGCCAAAUCAGAUAAAAACGUAAAAGAGAAUCAGUGUGAUGAUCCUUGCGAGGGUUUUUACGAGAUAAAAACAGCGCCAAUUUAUAAUAAAGUAAAAUGUAGUUUUAAAAGUAGCUCUAAACUCCAUCUUCCUUCAAAAUUUCAAAUUUCAAUUUCAAAAAAUGGAGAUGCGUCAACUUUGGAAUCAUCCGGCAGCGCUUUCAAUAAAAUAUAUCGGAAUACAAAUAAUAAUCAACUAGAGAAUUCUUCUUUAAAUUGGAACUCAAACAAUAACGAACCAAAAAUUCCUUCUCUAAAUAACAAUUCUUUUCAGGAAAUUGAAGACAAAAAAUGUGAAAAUGAAAUUUGUGAGCCUUAUUUAUCGUUUGGUAAUAGUUUAGAAGAAAAAGAAAAAAAUGAAAUUGUUCCAGGUACAGUUGCUACGAGAGUCAACGUACUGCGUAACGUUUUUUACGCCGAUAAAGAAUGUAUUAAAAAGAUAGACGCAACUGUUUCUGGAAUUGAAUCUGAAAGAGAAGUUGUUGGAAAAGUUGCACAAUGUAACUCUCAACCUUUAACAGUUAACUCUUGCAACACUAAAUUCAAUGUUGGCUCUUGCAACUCCAAUUGCGAUCUUGGCUCAGCUGAUAGUGCUGCUAAAAUCAGUUACAAUCAAACGUUAAAUUACUUAUCAGAGGAUAGUAAUAGCUUGAUAUCCAAUACGUAUAAUGGCAAUACUUAUUACAAUCCUAAUUCUAAUAAAGAAAACGAUAAAAGAGAUUCAGACAAUUUUGAUAUCUGCGACAAUUAUGGAGCCAUUCUUGACGAUGCGCUAAGAAGUGACAUUGAAAGCUUUAAAUCAGAGAGUUUUCCAUGCACGGAUUCGGCAUACGGUGAAUCUAUGAGAAGUUCAUCUUCAUCUCCAGUACUUUCUCCUUUAAGUAACGAAGAAGAUGCUGUCCUUAAUCAACCAUUUACGCACGGGAGAGAGUCUCCGAUAGAACUACAAGAUGAUUCUUUUUGGAUACAGACAGAUUCAACAAUAAAACAUUUUCCUGAAAAAAAUAUGGAAAAGUUUGUAUGUGACACAAGAAAUUAUGCAAUUGAUACGAGAAACUACGCAAUUGAUGAUCAGUCAUUAGCAGAAGGGAAUCUUAAAAACAUUGAUAGAUCUAAAAAAGAGUCCGGAACACUUACAGGAUCUAAAAAGCAAAACAGCAACCAUGCUUCGCUGACAAUUGUUGAAGAACGAAUUCAACCGUCAUAUGUAUCUCAAGAGGUUGCAAGUUUCAACGACGAAAUUUUUCAACAUUUAAUUGAGUUCGAAAAAAAAAUGUACGAAACGGAGCCGCCAAAGACUUUGCAACGAAUCCCAAAAUCUAAUGCUAUUUUAAAACCGUUAAACAUAAAAAAUGAAACAAUGGUGAAUGAAUAUAAUCAACGAAAUGCUAUGGAAAACAAUGCACUGGAUAGCUCCAAGAUAUCUUAUUUUCCCAAUGCAACAAUCAAUAGGACAAUAGAAAACGAUAGAAUAAAAGUAACAGACUUAAAUGAGAAUCAACCUCAUUAUAAUACUGAACAAAGAGGUUUUGUAAACACUCUUGAAUAUAAUUCAGAUUUAUACCCAAAAUCACCAGAAUUAUACAACGCAAAACAGCCAGAUUUAAAUGGCACAAAACAAAUGCUUGUAAAUGGAACGAUAAAAAAAAAUAAACUACAAUUUGAUUCUAAAAGUAUUUUUGAAAGAACAAAAGAACCGUCUUUUGAUCAAUCUAACUCCGGCGAUAGUUCAUUUGAAAGUGAGUCUGGCUCCAGUCCAAAAUCAUCUAGUAGUGCAGUUGAUAGUCCUAAAUUACCACGUUUUCCUCGAUCAAUUAGCAACCUUUCAGGUCAACAAUAUUUAAGUGGAAUUAAAGAGAGAAAAACAGAUCUACCAUUUCAUCAUUCCAUAUCUGCAGAUAGCGCGAUUGGUAGUGAAUGCAGCUUCAGCCCAAAAUCACCCGAUAGUCCAAAGUUUAACACAAUACGAAAUAGAAAGUACCGAGGUUCUGGAAGUAGCAAUUCGUCCACAUCUUCCGCAGAACUUUUUCUCGAAGUAGCGCGAAACACUUCAGUCAAGUUUGAAAAAGACACAAAAAAUUUGUGGUAUAAGCCGCACAUAUCUAGAGACGAAGCCGCUGAAUUACUUCGAGACAAGCAACCUGGUUCGUUUAUUGUACGGGACAGCAAGUCUUACCUAGGAGCCUUUGGUUUAGCUGUAAAAGUUGAUGUGUUGCCAAUAAAUAUCAUUAAGCAAACUGGUGGUGAUUUGAGCAAACUAGAUAUGAACAACGAACUUGUCCGGCAUUUUUUAAUUGAACCUUGCAAAAAAGGAGUUCGUUUAAAAGGUAGCACAAACGAACCAGCUUUCCCAAGUUUAGUUGCUCUGAUAUACCAACACACUUUAACUAAAAUGGCAUUACCAAUCACCUUGGUCAUAAAUGAAGAAUCAGAUUCUGUUGAUGGUUACAAUACACACACAUCUACAAUAACUGAAUCACAACUCCUAAUAAAGGGAGCAGCAUGUAACCUAGUAUACCUAGGUAUAGUUAAUGUAGAAUCUCUGACAGGUGACGGUGCUGUCCAAUAUUCUAUGAAUAAAAUUAUUGCUGCCGGUGUCAAUUUAAAAUCUACUAUCGUUAAUAUCAAGGUCAAUCAACAAGGCAUUACACUUACUGAUAAUAACAGAAAAUUAUUCUUUCGUCGUCAUUACCCAAUGGAACAUGUCUUGCACUGCGGAGUCGAUCCAAAAGACCGCUUAUUUAGCCUUAAAGCAAUUGUUCCUAAUUGCGAUAAAGAAGUUCGGACAUUUGGUAUUGUUGUACGCAAACCAGCUAAGCCUCAAGAAAAUGAAUGUCUUAUGUGUGCAGAACUUGACCCAGACCAGCCAGCAUCUGCAGUCAUAAAUUUUAUACACAAAACUAUGCGUUACUCACAAGGAAUAGCUUAAAUAUCAGUGUCAUUCGAACUGUACACGUCAUCGAAGUACUUCGUGCACAUAUAAAAAUAGAAUUCAGUCAUUUUACAAAUGAUGAUUUUUAGAAAUGUCUUCGUUCUAAAGAAGAUAUUAACAAGAGCUUAAACAAAUCAUCUAAGAUCGUAACUGAAGAUUGUCAACACGUCUAAAAAUUAAAUUAUACAAACUACAAAUUUUACGUAGAGAUAGAAUAUAUCAAAACUGCAUAUUCGUUUUUUUAUGUUCUUAAUGUCUUAUAUUUUUAUGUUCUUAUUUUUAGAGUUAACUUAAAGUAUUUAAAAUUUUGUAAAUUACUUAUAUUUAUAUUUUAUCUUUUAUGAAGACUCCUAUUUGUUUC